AUGGGAGAUCCAGUACAGGGGAAAACUUUGUUUCUCAGAAUGUGUGGCAUGUGUCAUACGUAUAAUAAAAACGAGCGGCAUAAAAUAGGUCCUAACCUUUUUGGAAUAUUUGGCAAAACAUGUGGCAGUAUUUCAUCUGUACCUGGAUUUAAAUCUACGGAAGCGAUGAGGACAAAAGGUAUUGUAUGGGACGAGAACACUUUAAACGAAUAUUUACAAUUUCCGAAACAAUUUAUCCCUGGCACGAAAAUGAUGUUCAAUGGUAUUAAAAAAGCGGAAGAUCGUAAAGAUAUAAUCGCCUUCUUAGCAACGUUGAAAUGA